AUGGCACUCAAUUCACUAGCCUGGCAUCUUUCUAUGCAUUACACUCCCCAGAUCGAGUUUCAAAUGGAGGUGCGUGCAGGACCUUCAAGGAAGAUUGCUAUAAGGGCUGCCAGAAGUUUAAGAGCUACAUGGGUGAUACUUGAUAGGCAGAUGAAGAAGGACAAGAAAUACUUCAUGGAUAAUCUCUCAUGUGGUUUAUCAAGGAUAAAACGUGACAACAGUAUUGAGAAGCUGAGAGAACCAAAAGCAAGAGAAAACGUCAAACAGGCCAUAGAAACAUCAAAACCAAGAGACAGUUUAGAUUUUCCACAAUUUAACCUUAAGCCUUUUUUUCCAGAAUCUAAAAGUCCUCCGGAACGCAGCUUAGGCAAAGAACAAGAUGAUGAUGAUUGCGACGAAACUACUCCACUACUACAUAGAAAAUCAUCCUCAUUAUGUAAAUCCUCGUCUAGUGAACAGCUCGCAACAUCUUCAGUUCUAACUUCAAGUCUAAGCCAUACUGAAGCAUCAAGCUCAAGUUUUACCGAUGCAAAGAGCUCUAUCUUUCAUUUUCAAGAGGAAGACAUCACCACAAAUACAGAACUAGAAACAGUGGAGGAGCAAUCCCCAUAUUCUUUUGUUGAGAGUCUUGAGAGGGGUCAGAAAGAAGUGUACAAUAUAGGAAGUCCAGAAGAACAACAAAUGGAACAUAACAACAAUUUUGAUUGGAUGGGAGGAAUUCCUACAGACGAGACAUUCAAAAAUCCAAUUUGCCCAAUAUGCAAGAAUAGACGACCAAAAAUAGGCUGGAAGAGGGACUUCACUCAUGCAGAGCUCCAAGCUGCAACAGAAGGAUUUUCCCCCAAGAACUUUCUUUCAGAAGGUGGUUUUGGUUCUGUAUAUAGAGGAGAGCUGAAUGGUCUGAAGAUAGCUGUAAAGCAACUUAAAAAUGCAAGCUUGCAAGGAGAAAAGGAGUUCAAGUCCGAAGUUCAGGUCCUCAGCAAAGCCAGACAUGAGAAUUUGGUCAUGCUGCUGGGCUCAUGUUCAGAAGGAAACCACAGGCUGCUUGUUUAUGAAUAUGUCUGUAAUGGUUCACUAGACCAACAUAUAUCAAAGCAUGCUCGUAGACCUCUCAGUUGGGAAAAGAGGAUGAAGAUAGCAAUGGGAGCUGCAAAAGGUUUACUAUAUCUGCAUGAGAACAACAUCAUACACAGAGAUAUGAGACCAAACAACAUCCUUGUAACACAUGACUAUGAGUCAAUGCUUGGAGAUUUUGGCCUCGCAAGAAAACAAGAAGACUCAGAUCACUCCUCAGAGACAAGAGUCGUGGGAACUCUAGGAUAUUUGGCACCAGAAUAUGCAGAGUGUGGAAAAGUGUCAAAGAAGACAGAUGUUUAUUCCUUUGGCGUGGUGCUACUACAACUGAUCACUGGAUUCAAGACUACGGACAAAAGACUUGGUGGAAAAAGUCUUGUUGGAUGGGCAAGGCCAUUACUGAAAGAAAGGAACUACCCAGACUUAAUCGAUGAUAGGAUCUUGGACUCACAUGAUGUGCAUCAACUAUUUUGGAUGGUUCGAGUAGCAGAAAAAUGCCUCAGCAAGGAUCCUCAUAAGAGAUUAACAAUGGAUAUUGUAAGUUUUUUUCCAGAAAUAACUAUGAUGCAUUCACGUAUAAAACUGAAGUACAAAAAACAUUGCGCCUCUUCUCCAUUGUAUUUCCAAAAAAAAUUUCUAUAAAUGCACACCGCCAAUCUUUAAUUGGCUGCAUAAAAGAAUGUUUUCAAUUAGGAUCCCAUGAAAAUACUUGGAGUGGGGCAUGUCAAAUUUUUGCGCAAGCCUUAAAAAUGAUAAUGUUUCAUCUAGAGUAUAUCUAAUUCCUUUAAUCCAUUUUAAGCCAUAAAUGGAUGACUCCACAAUCACCAUGUUAUAAAAAAGAAGAAAUGUAGCAAAGAUGUGAAAAACUUGAAAUUUGGUAUUAGGACAGGAUUAAGUAGCUGUCAUGAGAUUCCAAGCAUUCAGAUCUACUUGCCCCUUUUUUCUCCUCAAUUAAAAGGAAGCGUGAUCAGCUUAAGAAUUGGUUCAUUGUAUCAGCAUGUAUUUCUUUCAUGAUAAUCAGAAAGUAGCUCUUUUGCAUGUGGUUGAUUUAACAAUAUAAGUAGGGAUCGAUAUUUAUAUUGCGGUUACCUAAGACUAAGGCUUAAGUGUGCAAAUCAUUAUGCCAAUCAUCAUAGUCAACACUUGAGUAUAGAGGCUAGAAUAACUUUCUUCUACCACAAAGAGCCCUCCGUGCCAACAGUACAUAUGCUUAAUGCUUGUAUUUUUGGCUCUUUGCUAGUUUCAUUUCUUAAAUCACUUGCUUUUCAUAUCAAAUAGUGCCUAUUCAUGACUAUAGGCCAACUCAGAUGUGCUGAUAUGGUGUUUUGUAACACGAACAGGUGGUUUGCGCCUUAAAUUACUUAAUGGAAGGAAAUACGAACUGCACUAUCAUAGACUUGUCACCAUUAAAAUCAGAGUCAGUAAGUAGCAUUCGUGGCUCCUCUGAGUCACAAGGUGAUGAUGCACGUUCAAGUAUAGACAGUACAUCAAUGUACAGCACGAGUCAGAUGAUUGGUAAUCUUCCAUCUUCACCUUCAUUACAUCUUUUUCUUGCAAAAGAUCAAUUACAUCCGCAACUAAAAGAACAAGCAACACUGGUUGGCAGAAGGUAUCACGAAAACAGCCAGUGAAAAUCACAAGGUGAAGAUGAAAGACUGAUGCAGCAAGCCAUUAAUUUUGUUCUUCUUGAAUUGGGACGGAUUUGGGGAUUAGAGUUUCUGCUUUGCUCGACC